UACCGUGAAAUGUGGAAGGAAAGAAAGAAGUUAAAAAAAGUAUAAGAAACCCAAUCGUUGAGUCCAUGAAGCUUCCAUGCACAACAUCAUAUGCUUCUGGAAUUAGAUACCAUACUAAUUGUUUAAGCUGGUUCUUUUUGAAAGUAAGUUUUUUUCAACAUGAGUCUUCUUGGAUGGGAAUAUAUGGUAAAGGAAGAGGAAAGCUAAGAGCACUGAGCAUAAAGAAGCAUACCACUAUAACAAUAAUAAUAUAUGGAAGAAAAAAAAGAAAAAAAAAAGACUUAAGUCAUAGUUAUUGUUGAAUAUGAAGAUCGUGCCAUAUAUGGAGGAGUUGUUAACUAACCAGAUAUAAAUACUUGCUGGUGAGAAGAUAACGUGAUAUAUCUUUUUAUUGCUUUUGGGGACACAAAAAGACUUUGGAUGAAGAGAGAGCUUGGGAGGUACAAAAUGGGUUUGUGUUGCAGUGACAAGUUGAGGAUGAACAGAGGAGCUCCACCUCAAGAUGUGGUGGCUGUGUUUGUAGACUACACCCAGGGAGGGAACCACAUGACUGCAGAGCAGCUGUGUCGAUUCUUGGUUGAGGUGCAGGGAGAGACCGAAGCGUUGGUUUCAGAUGCAGAGAAGAUCAUAGAAAGAAUCACAAGUGAAAGACAUCAUAUAACUAAGUUCUUGAGGCAUUCUUUGAAUUUAGAUGAUUUUUUCAGUUUCUUGUUCUCAGAUGAUCUUAAUCAUCCAGUUGUUAAUAAGGUGCAUCAAGACAUGGCUUCUCCCUUGUCUCACUAUUUCAUUUACACGAGCCAUAACUCGUAUCUGACUGGGAAUCAAAUCAACAGCGAAUGCAGCGAUGUACCUCUCAUUAAGGCCUUGAAGAGAGGUGUUAGAGCUCUUGAGCUUGACCUGUGGCCAAACUCUACUAAGGACAACAUACUUGUUCGACAUGGCUGGGCAUGGACACCUCCAGUGGAACUGAUCAAAUGCUUGAGAUCUAUUAAAGACUAUGCCUUCUCUGCAUCUGCAUACCCUGUGAUCUUAACUUUGGAAGAUCAUUUGACCCCAGAUCUUCAAGCUAAAGCAGCUGAGAUGAUGAAAGAGAUAUUCAUGGAUAUGGUGUAUUUUUCUGAGUCUGGUGAUCUUAAAGAGUUCCCUUCACCAGAAGAUCUCAAGUACAAAGUUGUAAUAUCCACAAAACUUCCCAAAGAGACGUUGAAAAAGGAAAAGGAUUCCGGGUCAGAUGUAUCAGGAAAGUCAUCAUCAGAAGAUGUUUCAGCAGAUGACGAGAAGGCUGAAGAGACAUGCCAUGCCAAAAAUGAAGAGGAAGAAACAAGUGAAGCCAAAAACGAAGAGGAAGGAUUAAAUAAAGAAUCUAGCAGCAACUUGGAUCUCCUCACAUACAGUCGUAUGAUAUUGAUUCCUUCUGGAAACGCUAGAAAUGGAUUGAAGGAAGCACUUACGUUAGAUAAUGGUGGAGUUAGACGUCUGAGUUUGAGAGAGCAGAAUUUCAAGAAAGCCACUGAGAUGUAUGGAACCAAAGUCAUAGAAUUCACACAGAAGAAUCUGUUGAGGAUAUAUCCAAAGGCAACUCGUGUAACCUCCUCCAAUUACAAGCCAUUCAGCGGUUGGAUGUACGGAGCUCAAAUGGUUGCUUUCAACAUGCAGGGGUAUGGAAGAGCUCUCUGGAUGAUGCAUGGUAUGUUCAGGGCUAAUGGUGGAUGUGGAUACGUGAAAAAGCCAGCCUUUAUGAUGAACAAAGGUCCGGACGGAGAAGUGUAUGAUCCUAAAGCGAAGCUACCUAUGAAGACAACUCUGAGAGUUAAAGUAUACACGGGAAAAGGAUGGGACUCUGGUUUCCAGAGAGCGUGUUUCAACACUUGGUCUUCUCCUAACUUCUACACAAAGGUGGGGAUAACAGGAGUACGAGGAGAUAGAGUAAUGAAGAAAACAAAGAAAGAAGAAAACACAUGGGAGCCAUUUUGGGACGAGGAGUUUGAGUUUCAGCUUACAGUACCGGAGCUGGCGUUGCUGAGAGUUGAAGUUCACGACUACAACAUGCCAGAGAAGGAUGAUUUCUCCGGGCAGACGUGUUUGCCUGUGGCGGAGCUGAGACAGGGUAUUCGUUCUAUUCCUUUGUAUGGUCGCAAAGGCGAGAGACUUGUUGCGGUUACACUUCUCAUGCGCUUUCAGUUUGUUUAAAAAAUAUCAGAGUUUCUUUCUUCUACUUAUUACCAUCCCCUUCAAAAGUGUUUCUAGCAGAGAAGUUUGUACCGCAGAAAACAAGACAAUAUCCGUACAUAUACAGCGAAUCAGAUAACUAUAUGGUUGGAUAUGUAUAUUCUGAAAUAAUAGUAAUCUUUCAGAUAUAUGAAUGAGCUUAUUAUAUAUGUAUUGUUCAUAACUUGUGAUGUUGAGUUUUGCAUAUUUUUGACCGUUUAAU